UGGGGGCAAGGACUUAAGUAGGAUGUUGUUACUAGUUUCUGCAGUAAGCACACAACUGUAUUCAUUUGGCUCUUGUAAAGUAAUGGCCUGAGAUCCACCUGCCUCCAAAAUGACGAGAAACAGACAGUGUAUCCUGUGCGAAAUCGUCUGCGCCACCAAGCAGGGGAUGGACGAGCACGUGAGGAGCAUGCUGCACCACCGCGAGCUGGAGAAGCUCAAAGGCCGGGACUGCGGACACGAGUGCAGAGUGUGUAAGGUGAAGGUGGCGAGCCUGACCGAUUAUGCCAGCCACAUUUCCAGCCCCACUCACAAGGAAAACGUGGAGGCUGCCGACAGACAGCAGGCCAGAAACGAGCAAGACGAAGACUACUUUGACCAGACUCUGGUGGAGCUGAUUGAAAAGAGAAAAGACCAGAUCAGAAAAGAGAAGGAGGCUGCAGCUGCAAGGCUGGCAGAAGAAGAACGAAAGAGAAAAGAGGAGCUUCAGGCGAGAAAUAAGCUCAGGGAGCUUUACCGCGUGCAGCAGGUGUGGCAGCCGCCCCCGCGGGGCUUCAGGGGAUCCAGCCACCCUGCGGCAUGGCACACGAGCAGCUAUUAUGGCGGCGAGGAGAGACCAUGGUUUGCAAACAAACAGUGGAGGAGCGCCACGUGGCACGCUCAGGAAGCGCCCGGUUUGCAGGAAUGGCAAACCGUAGAGGUUUCAAAAAACAGGGCGCACGGCAACAAGACGUGGGGCAAUGAAAAAAGUCGACUGCCUUGGCUCAGCAGUGGAGGCAGCAGCAACGGGCUCUACGGUCACAACAACGUGGCCAGGUAUGCCCCAAAGGCCGGGCCCCACGCUUUCCUGCCCUCCAAUUCUGUAUGUGCCGGCGCAAAAAACGUUUUGGGCCAGGCUCUGGCCCAGUUCGACAGGAAAGGAAACGCCAAGACCGGUCGCCAGGACGCCGGGCCGCAUAAUGGAGAGGCGUCCCCGGCCGAGCCCGACUGUCACAGUAAAAGCUCCAAAACGUUUGGCAGCAAUCCCAAGCCGGACAAAAGCUGCCGCUGGUCGCCCUACCCUGUUGUGUCCGGAUCACUCGGCGAGACCCUCCAAAACGCUGCGGAGAAGCAGCAAAAGGCUUCGCGUGCUCAGGAACCGCCCCCAUGCCAGCGUAAACCAGAGGAGCCAAGUAUGCAACACGUGGAAGAGAACGGGAGGCACCAGAUGAAACCAGAAGCCCAUCUGAGUGGCGGAAGCUGUGGCAGCACGCUAGCAAACGGUUCUCAGAGCGACGGCAGCCCAAACGGUGCAUCUGGUCUCUCCGCUGAGAAGGCAGCUAAAUCCCCAUUGCACGCAGAUCAGAAGAGUCCCUCAGUUCCUGCUGUCAGAAGUGAAGCUCAGCACAGCAAGGCCUCCAGUCUGCAAACAAAACCAGGUGGAAAACCAAGUGGGACCAAGGUACCUGUUGGGUACCUCACAUCGAGGCAGGAGAGGUACCUUCCAGACUCUUUUCGCUCGCUCAGGCCGAUUGGCUCUGAGAGAAAGGGCUCCGUGGAGAGGGCACGCCCCCUUGGGGAGCAACAAGCGGAUCAGAGACAGAACCAGAGCGAACCGGUCAGAGAGAAAAGGACGAGCGAGGGCUCCGGCAAAGCAACGUCACCCGUUGCUUCCAGGCGAGAGAAAGCUCCGCCGCCGUCCGCCGAAGACAAGUUCGUCCAGUCGCUUCACGUCAGCACGUCUACCGCCGAGAGCUCGGAGCCCGCAGCUUCAGAGAGGAAGGGCGAGGAGAACCGGAGCGAAACGGAGAAGCCAAGCUCCCCAGCGCUCCAGACGGAGGCCGUGCAGCUUUGCGAGGCCGGGCACAGCUCAGAGAGCGACUCUCCCAGAACCGGUGAGGCGCAGACGGCCUCAGGGUCGGACACACCCACUCUGUCCAAGCUGGACCUGCCGCCCGUCUUAAAGCGGGACCUUACCAAGCACAUGGGCUCCAAGAGCAAAAGCACCGGCCACGAGCCCAACCUGAACAUCGCCCGCCGCGUGCGGAACCUCAGCGAGUCCCGGCGGAGCGACACCGAACGGGAUUCUGGCCUCAAACCGACCGUACGGCAGCUGAUAAGCUCUUCCAGCUCCCGCCGCUGUGUCAACUGGGAGCAGGUGUAUCAGGAGGUGAAGAAGAAGCAGGACAAGGGAAAAGGCAUGCCGAGGUUUGGGAUCGAGAUGGUGCCGUGUGAGCAGGAGUCCCAAAGCCAGGAGGAGGACGGCAUGCCCCUCAUCGAGGGCUUCGAGUGGGAAUCCCUGAUGGAAAUCACCCCCGAGAGCAGAGCUCGCAAACGCUCCGUGUCGGAAAGCAGCCUCGCAGCCGCGCUCCCUCGUUCCACGUUUGCGCCUUUAAAACCAGAGGAGACCGUGGAGAAGGAGGGAUUCAGCUCUGGACCUCCACCCGCUCCGGAAAAGCAAGAACGCGAGCGUCGGCCUGCAGAAGAGGAGGCGCAGAGGAAGCCAGAGAGACUAGCAUCGGCGCUGGGGGAGAGCGGCUCUGAGGCGGAGCAGCUCGACGGGCAGGGCACGGGGAAGAGGCGGCGUGCCGCCGGGGACUCUCCCGGCGCGGGGCCGUCUUGUCUGGGGCACGACAGCAAAAGGAGGAAAGUCAAAUCAAAGAGAGAGCGCAUGCAGAUCGACCAGCUGCUGGCGGUGUCCCUGCGGGAGGAGGAGCUGAGUCAGUCCCUGCAGAAGGUGGACACCAACCUGAUCCAGGCCCGCUCGGCACUGGAGGCGGCGUACGUGGAGGUGCAGCGGCUCAUUGUGGUCAAACAGCAGAUCACUGUGGAGAUGAGCUCACUGAGAAACAGACGGAUAGACUUGCUUAAAGGCAUGCAAGGAACUUUGGGGGAGGCAGCCGAGGUCGGUCUGAAAUUAAAAGACAUGGAUUCUUUGGGAACCGAGCUUCCUGAGGCGUCCUCCUCCGUUUCCGGCCCUAAUCCUCCCGCAGCGUGCGCGUCUCCUCCUUCCUCCCAUCUUCUGCUGCCUGUCGUCAUCAAGGAGGAGCCCCAGUCCCCGGUCAACUCGUUAGGAAACUCUCCAGAUAUCGCCUACAGCUUGGGGUCAUCCGCUGACAGGAAGCUUGAGCCCUGCCAAACAAACGGCGAAGAGCCUCCAGCCUGCAACGGCGAGUCACCUGCACAGGUGGAGACCCCCGAAAAGGCUCCGGAGGCGUCACGGACUCACGCCAGCUCUAAAACCUUUGCGAAGCCAUCGGCGGCCGGCGGAGGCUCCGAGCUCCCUGACAGCGGCGUCGUCGAGUCGGUGCAGUCCUCGGCGUUUAAUCCGCCCGCCUCUCCGCCUGAGCCGAGGAGCGGGAAGCGCGUGAGGAAGCUCAAGAAGAGGAAGCUGUUGAAAAAGGCUUCGGGCGCAGAGCAGUUUCAGAGCAGCGACACCGAGAUGGACGAGGAGGCGUCCAGGCCGAGGUGGCUGCGCCGGUGCAGGAGGCCGAGCGGAGGCUCUCAGGUCAGUGCCUCCAGCUUGCCUACGGAUGAGGGGAGCAAGAAAAGUCUCAGUACGCCGUGUUCAGGCAUAAAAACCGAAAAGGGGACACAAAGCUCUCCAGACGCAACGGCGGAGCUUCCCCAAGCUGAGAGCUUUAAUUCAGGAGGAAGCACGGAGGUCAGCACAGCCUGUCAGCAGCCACACAAGGAGGCUCCUCCCCCUUCUCUGAUCCCAUCCAAACCACGUAGCCUGGCCUGCAACGAGGUCUCCUCCACCAGUGACAUGGACCUGUGCAAACUCUCUGAGAGUGAUUUGCCUUUUCCCGUCACGCUGCCCACAACCUCAUCAGACGUGUUCUCUGAUCACGGUGAGGAUGAGGUCCCGACCGAAGGGAGGUUCGAUGGCCACCAGGGGGCCGUGGACGCCCUCCAGAUCCACAACGGGCUGCUGUACACCUGCUCAGGAGAUCGAACCAUCAAAGCCUUCGACCUGGUGAGCCACGAGUGCGUGGGUGUGUUUGAGGGCCACAGCUCCAAAGUGACCUGCCUGUUGGUGUCGGCAGCUCCCUCCCUUCACCAGCGCCUUUACUCCGGUUCCAGUGACCAGACCGUCCGCUGCUACAGCCUCAAGACACGGAGACUGGAGCAGCAAUUCCCCGUGUCCGACCGGGUCCUCUGCCUCCACAGCCGCUGGAAGACGUUAUACGCCGGUCUGGCAAACGGGACAGUGGUGACCUUUAACCUCAAGACAAACAAGCAGAUGGACGUGUUCGAGUGCCACGGGCCGCGCGCCGUGAGCUGUCUGGCCUCGUCGCAGGAGGGCGCCCGCAGGGUCCUGCUGGUCGGCUCCUACGACAGCACCAUCAGCGUGAGGGCGGCCCACAACGGGCUGCUGCUGCGCACGCUGGAGGGCCACACCAAGAGUGUCCUCUGCAUGAAGGUGGUCAACGAUCUGGUAAUUAGUGGAUCCAGCGAUCAUUCUGUGCACGCUCACAACAUCCACACGGGGGAGCUGGUGCGCUCAUUUAAGGGUCACAGCCAUGCUGUUACCGUGGUGACCGUUCUUGGUAAAGUGAUGGUCACGGCCUGCCUGGACAAACUGGUCAGAGUUUACGACCUACAGACUCAGGAGCAGCUGCAGGUCUACGGUGGAUACAGUGAUAUGGUGCUGUGCAUGGCUGUCCAUAAGAACAUGAUCUACACAGGAUGUUAUGACGGCAGCGUGCAGAGCGUGAAGCUGAACCUGAUGCAGAACCACCGCUGCUGGUGGCACGGCUGCCCGCUGGUGUUCGGCGUGACGAAGCAUCUCCAGCAGCACCUGAUCGACAACCACACCAGUGCCGACUUCCAGACGUUCAAGUGCCGCUGGAAAAACUGUGAAGAGCUUUUCAGCGUGCGCAGCAGCUCCAAGCAGAUGGUGAUGCUGCACAUGCAGAAACAUGCUGAGGAGGAGACUCCAGUGGAGCAUUAGCCCCCCAUCUCUCUUUUAACCUCCCAUAUUGGGAGGGUGGUGGGGGAGGUUAUAUUCUUGGGACCUUCUCCACCCAACCGUGCUCCAGUCACGCCCGCCCAGUGGCUCUUUGGCGACGUCCUUCCCGUUCAGUGUUGGAAUCCAACCACGAAAGGAGGGUGGCUUGUGUUGUUUUUAAUACAUUCUGUAAAAACACUCCUCCCCUUUCCUUUCACCCGACCAUUUCCUCGUUCACCGACCAAAGCAAGACAAAGAAACGCGCCACUUUUGUUCGUUUUUGAAGAAACUCCAGCGUUGCCAGGCUCCGAGGGAUCUGUUACACGUUCCCCGCUGCAACUACAUAAAAAUAGAAUCAUAGCUCAGAUUCUCUAGAAUGCGGCAUGGUUUGAGAUGUUUAAGCGUGCAGUUACGUCGAGCGACCUGAAGUUAUUUAUUUUAUUUUUUUUUUUUUCUUUACAAGUUGCUGUGACCUCAUGUUUACGGCCUGGCUGAGUGUAUUGUUACUGUGUAAUCUCCUCGUGUUGAGCAGCCUGAAGGGGAAUUAGGAAGCUUUCUGUUUGUUUGAGGUUAUUUUUUUAUUUUAUUUUAUAGGUUGCUCACCCAGACGUCCAAGGACUAAGACCUGAAUGUGGCGUUCCUACUGUUCUAUGUGUAGUUGUUCCUCGUCUUCGUUAGAAGAGCGUUUUAAGUGUUACACCAACCUUGUUUAUCAAGAGUGAAGUGGGGUUAUGUUUUAAGGUUGUUUUUAGGGUGUUUUUUUUUUGUUUUUUUUUAGAGUUGAAGCAUCAAGCUGAAAGGCAUCGGAGCUUUAUUUGCCACACGGGUAGCUUUCUCACCCAGUGUGGACCUGAAGGAUGUUAAGAGGAGGUGUUGGGCGGAGGAACGUUGAAGGAAGAAUAAAGUUUCAUCUCCCAUGCUGGUAGUCAGGUCACUGGUGGCAGAGAUCGGUCGUUUUUAAAGGCGCUUUUCACCAGCACCACGUGUGCAGUUCCCCUCUUUUCUGGCAUUCCUGAGUUUCUUCAAGGUGUCCGUUUGUUAACAAAGUUCUGCGGAGCUAUUUUUUAAAGAAGUGCAAUCUGUGAAGACGUUAAUAAUAAAAAAAACAAUUUGUGCAACACAAAAA